GCAUUGAUUGAUUUUCGUCCGCUUUUUACAUCAAGAUGACGUUUGAACGAUAAUCUCUAGCCACGGCUCCAAAUAGCCUAAUUACAAGUGUCGUGCUGCUCCAAGUUAACCCUUGACUAUCCGUCACGUCCGAAUGCAUUCUACACGGUGGUGGGGACACUCAGUGGAGUUUACAUGGUCGUUUUUACACCAAAGCGUUGAUCGAUACUUAGUGACCCCUUCCGACUCCUAUAAGGAGGUGUGUUCGUUGUUGUGGUACAGCUCGGCACGACCUCCAUGUUAUACCCUGAGCCACACCGUUCGGACCCUCUGCGUUGGCGGUGGCUCGCAUUGUUUUCAUUAUAAUGUUCAUUUGAUGACGACACGCGGAGGUAGCGCAGGGGCACGCCCCUUUCCACAGUACGCCAGCGGACGCAACGGGGAUAGCCUGUAAUUUUUUGAUGUUUCACGUUCAAUCGCGCUGGUGUUUGUGUUUCGCAAUGGUCUAAGAAGCAAGGUGUUUCUAGUGUGUGUGUGUGUGUGUGUGUGUGUGUGUGUGUGUGUGUGUGUGUGUGUGUGUGUGUGUGUGUGAGUGUGUGUGUGUGUGUGUGUGUGUGUGUGUGUGAAGCAGAUGUUUGCAGAAUAGUCAGGGUUCAUUGCAUACAUUCCAAUGAUAUGAGGUCAUUUUUCUCAACUCACACUCAAAAUAGGCAUCUAAUCUCGUUGAUAUUGGCUUUGAUUAAUGGUGGAAGAAGACGCUUUUACACACACACACACACACACACACACACACACACACACACACACACACACACACACACACACACACACACACACACACACACACACACACACACACACACACACACCAGGUCGUUUGAGGUAUACUAUGGGAAGAAGGAGCAUUAUACAAGACCGAAUUAAGCCGUCUUUAAGACAUUCUAAUAAGCAGUUCCCGCCACUGGAAUUCCUCAGGUCUGGAAUUUGUUUCAGGUCAUGCAGUGACUUUGUUGUAAACGAGCCACUGAUCAUGGAUUAUCUAUAAAUUAUACACAUGUUGGCAAAUUGCUGUUUUAGCACUUGCACAACGUGGAACCAAUGCCUGCUUGGCUAACUGUUUUUUUAUUUUUUAUUGCAGUGAUAAAAAAGUGUUUAUGACAAAGCGCUGAAGAUAUCUGUUGUACACACCAUGUUUUUUUUCAGAGGUAUAGGCCAAAAUGGUGCCGGUGAAGCAGUGUGUAUGAAACCUUCCUUAACGCUUUAGAGAAGUCCCACUGUCAUCAUAAAGCCCUGCCCUAUGCAACGUUUAAACUUGGGAACAUAUACAAGUUUAACUGGGACAAUGAUUACCUGUAUCCAAUCGCGGGACAAGGUAAAAUUACCCAAAGAAAGAAAAUAUUAUUAAUUAAAGACAUUGUAUAGAGGUAUUAUUUGAGCGUGUAAAAAAAAAAAAGAGAAAAUAUGGCAAACCCAUAGUUGGCAAUCUGUGAUUGAAAUGCACUAUGAUAAUAUUUGCUUUGAGUUGACUGUGCCUGCCUCUGUGUGAGCCAAUUAAAAAUGUAGACCACUCCCGAGCCAUUUCUGAGCCAAUCAGGGUAUCUCUUGCAUUUCAGUUGCAGGUGUGUGAAUUGUGGCCCUUCUCUAUAACGGAGAAGCAGCGAGGGAAGGAGCAGGGGACGUUAUUUUGUUGUUUAGUGUCCAAACCUUGCUCUCCUCCGCUUUUUCUGCUCUCUCUUUACAACUCUCGAGUCUCCCCAACAGCAGCUUUAAAAGUUGCCAACCUUUCUGAUGUAUCGGUGAUCCUCCACAUUUGUCGUACUCAUUGAGUCUCAGUCUCAGAGUGUAAUAAGCCACUGUUAAACAAGAAUUGAUAGGGUCUCAAAAUGUGAGUAACAGAAGCACAGCACUGAUUACAGUAUUCGUCUCACUGCCAAUGGCAGUCAUGUGUUUGGAAUGCGUGUUGCAAGGUUGUUCCACAUUAUUAUGUAGCCCAAUAUUACAAGCAAAGACAAUGCAUCAUGUUUUGGUGUUCUUUUAAAUUUUGUAGUUGGAAGUUGUAGUGACGGUGAGUUGUGACUUUGUGCAAUGUGAUGAAAAUUGCAUAAAGUCAAGUGUGUUUUCUCAAAUUCAACGUGGAGGUCAUUUUGAAACAUGCUUGCUUACGACCAAAACAACCUAGCUGAUAAUAUGGUGCUAUUUAGCAAGCCUCAUCUCUACCGGAUGUCAUGAAAAGAAAAAGGUUUUAUCUUUUUUCUGAAGGAAGUGGGGGUCAAGCAAUACUGAUGUAAUGCUUGGGUUACAUUUUCUGAAGUAAUAUGUUUUUAUUCUACUUUAAUCAUGCUUGCUGUUAGGGCUGAACAUUUUGGGUGAAAUGUGUUAAUGUUAAAUUAAAACACCGUAGCACUGCAGGGCUGCAGAGGUUCCAUUGACCUGCCAUCUUUUUCUCCAGACUUAAGAAAACAAGUUUGUUUCAGUUUGGUUAUAUGCUCAGCUUUUCCUUUAAGAGUUCCUUUGCAGUCUUAUUUUCUCAACCAAAUAAGAUACUCUGUGUCUUUGAUAGACAUUGGAAACAAUUCCAUGUAGGCCUCCACAAUAAUAUAUUUUAGUAGACUAUCUGUCCCUGAACAGGAUGUACAAAUGAAGCCAUGGGCAAACUCGGAAGUGAAGCCUGGUGAAUCAUGCGACUGUUUUCCAAUGAAUAGAAGGUCAGGAGAAAUAAAACUAAAAACUCUUUCAUAAGUAGUUUCAUUAAGCACUAUUUUGCCGAUGCGAUGAUUUCAAGGCUUAAGUGCAGUGGCUUCUGGGUUUCACUUCUGAUCUUGUUUAGGAUUUAGGAGGUGUAAGUUUGUACCAAACAAGCUAGAAAAAGGACAAGGACUCAGCUUGUGUGUCCAUUACAUGUUACAGUCACUAGAAAGGAGACACACUAAUUCUUUUUGUUCUGAUUAUUUUUUAAUCAAUGACUGAAGAUGGACAGAUCUGACUUUUUAUUCAAAGAGGUGUGCCUUAAGGAUCAGUUUGACAACUUGGAGAAACACACACAGUGGGGAAUCGAAUUUGUCGACCGGUACUCUAAAUUCGUCAAGGAACGAUCGGAGAUUGAAACCAGCUAUGCAAAGCAAAUCAGGAAUCUAUCGAAGAAGUAUCAACCCAAGAAGAACUCACGAGAGGAAGAGGAGAACAGGUACUCUUCCUGUCGAGCCUUUGUGUCCACCCUCAAUGAGCUGAACGACUACGCCGGCCAACAUGAGGUCAUCUCGGAGAACCUCACCGCCAACAUCGUGGCUGAGCUCGCUCGCUACCUCCAAGAGCUCAAGAGCGAGAGAAAGUCGCACUUCCACGACGGACGCAAGGCGCAGCAGCAGAUCGAGAGCUCGUGGAAGACGCUGGAAGCAUGUAAAAGAAAAUUCGAGAGGGACUGCAAAGAGGCGGAGCGGGCACAGCAGCACUUUGAGAAGAUGGACUCCGACAUUAAUGUGACAAAAGCGGACGUAGAAAAGGCUCGCCAGCAGGCUCAGGUCAGGCACCAGAUGGCUUCGGACAGCAAGAACGAAUACUCGGCCUACCUGCAGAAGUUCAACCAGGAGCAAAACGACCAUUAUUACAGCGUCAUCCCCAACAUAUUCCAGAAAAUCCAAGAGAUGGAGGAGAAGAGGAUUGAGCGGGUGGGAGACUGCAUGAAGACGUUCGCCGACGUCGACCGCCAGGUGCUGCCCAUCGUGGGGAAGUGUCUGGACGGCAUGACCAAGGCCGCAGAGUCCAUCGAUGCCAAAACUGACUCCCAACUGGUGGUGGAGUCCUUCAAAUCCGGGUUCGAGCCCCCGGGAGAUGUGGACUUUGAGGACUACGGCCAGGCCAUCACGAGGACGUCGUCGGAGACCAGCCUGUCCAACCCCAGGGAGAGCAAGGAGAAGCCGGGCGGGAAGAGCAAAGGCAAGCUGUGGCCUUUCAUCAAGAACAAGAACAAGCUUAUGUCCCUGUUAGUAUCCCCCCACCAGCCCCCCCCAGCCCCCCCUACCUCAGCCCCGCCCUCACCCUCUGCUGUUCCCAACGACUCCCAGUCUCCCAAGCAGCACAAGGAGCCCCUCUCCCACCGUCUCAACGACUUCAUGGCUUCAAAACCCAAAAUGCAUUGUCUCAGGAGCCUGAGGCGUGGGCUUUCUCUCAAGCUGAUCACCCUCAAUUCCCACAUCCGGAAUCUCAUUGAGGGCUCUGGACCAGAAGACUUCAGCCACCUGCCGCCGGAGCAGAGGAGGAAGAAGCUGCAGGGGAAGAUAGACGAGCUGAACAAAGACAUACAGAAAGAGAUGGACCAAAGGGACGCCCUGACCAAGAUGAAGGACGUGUACGUGAAGAACCCGGCCAUGGGGGACCCGGCCAGCGUGGACCCCCGCCUCGGGGAGUUAGCCCAGAGCAUCGAGAAGCUCCAGUACGAGGUGCAGAAGUUUGAGGGCUGGCUGGCCGAGGUGGAGGGAAGGAUGCCGUCAAAGAGUGACCCCCAGAAGAGACAGAGCGGGCUGUACCAGACCACCGGCCAGAACAACACCCCCAUGGGGAGCAACUGUGCCCAGGACAGAGAGAGCCCGGAUGGUAGCUACACGGAGGAGCAGAGCUCAGAGACUCAGGUCAAGGCCCAGGCCCCGAGUGCCAACCCCGGGCCCCUCCCCACCUCCAGCACGCCCGAGUUUGACGACGAGUUUGACGAGGAGGAAGCCCUGCCCACCAUUGGCACCUGCAAAGCCCUGUACCCCUUUGAAGGUCACAAUGAAGGAACCAUCUCGGUGGCAGAGGGGGAGCACCUGUUCGUCAUCGAGGAGGACAAAGGGGACGGGUGGACCCGCGUGCGCCGCAACGAGGACGAGGAGGGCUACGUGCCCUCGUCCUACGUCGAGGUCUUUUUGGAAAGCAACGCCAAAGGUGCUAUGACCUACAUUUAAGUCCCGUCUGUGUUAUCUCUGGGCCGAUGCAUUUGUUUGAUUGCUCUGAGGCAGUGGGAGGGAUGGCGGCAGAGACGGUCAUGGUGGCCGUUCUAAAGGAACACUUUUCGUGGCCGAGCACUCAACUUCCUGUUCCUGUUUGUGUUUUUGUUAUUUUGGUUUUUAUUUUGAAGAUUGACUCAUCCGAUCUUUCCAUUGUGCCUACCGAUAGGCUGUCUCAGCUGUCACUCGGGCAGGUGUUUACACACGUGUUCUACUGUGCACACGCUGCAACGUUGAACAAGUGCAAACGCUCUAUGAAAAGAUUUGUUUUUCGUAAGAUUUGCGUAAAUACAAAUUUGCAGAGCAACUCCUAACAGUGAAAUGAUCGGUAAAUAUGCUUAGCAGUGCCGGUUAUAAGUCACAAAGAACAUCACCUCAGAUGCCCAAUGGAAUAACCCUUGUGUGUUGAUUUAACACAUACAGAAUACUGUAUAUUUUAAAUUACACCACUGUAUUAUUUUUUGUUUGACGUUCCAUCGCUGAUGACCACCAUCGCUCGCAAAUGUCUAGCUGCUAGCUGCUACCUUCCUAGUUUUACCUAUAAAUAUUAAGUCUCUUCAAGCUGCUUCAACGAAUCACUGAAUCCCAUCAAGUGAAUGGACAUUCUACCGACAAUGAUGACAAUUUGAAGUCAAAAGAAAGCAGCACGCCUCUCAAAUCACGAUGUAAUGGAUUGUUUGCACAUUUCUUUGCUCGGGCCAUCGUAAUGGAAGCAUGCUCAUUGUAAAAUCGUGGGAUCGGAAAAAUGACAUUUAAAUCUGUUGUAAAAUUCUGUACGAAAAAAAGUAUUUUUAUAGGCUCUUCGAUGGAAAAACAAGCACAUGUAAAAAAUACCGAUCUUGUCUCUAGCAUGCUGUAGCCAAAUAGUAUCCUUGUUCGAUAGUGAUAAUUUAGUUUUGAUUUUAAUCUCAGUCAUUAUCCAACUUUUGAUACUUAAAUCAAAAAAAUCGAGAAAUCAACCAAUAGUAGUCAAAGAUGGUGUGGUGCUAGUGUCAGUGCUUUUCCCCAAGACGAGUGGUCAAGAAAUACAAGCCUGAAAAUAAACUCUGCUAGGAUCUAUGGUGAGAAUUAAGGGAUUUGGGGUUCAGCAUGUUUGGGGAAAAAUCCACAUGAUUUCUUCCAUCGGUCUAUAGGACUUUUGCACAUGUCUGCUGCCAUACUUACCUGCUUUUUUAAAUGUCGGUAAAUGGUUGCACUGAUAUAGUUCUAGUGACUUAAAACAUAAUAUGGAAAGUUCUUUCAAAUAAAAUGAAUGCAACAAUCAUUUAAACAUUUUAUAUACAUUUUUUUAAUUCUAUAACCAAUUCUUCGUGAAUCAGGAUAUCGUCUUUCACGAGUUACAUCAGUGCUGUAGACAUUUCAUGCCUUUUUGAGAUUAUUUGUUUGGUAGAGUCGAUUUUGAAAUGUGGUGCAUGUGUUGCCACAUUGUGUGAUGCCCGAGCGUGCAUCGCAUCAUGGCUUUAGCAUGUUGUGUUUGGCAACUUUUAAGCUGGCUGCUGUAAAACAUGUGUUAAUGCCAGAACAGGAAAGACCACCGGAAUAACAAGGAAAGCUUCUAGUUAAAGGUAUCUUUUAACAACAUAUUUUAGAAAAAAAUCCACCACAAUUUCUUCCGAGUGAUAUUUCAAAGCUUUUGUUGAAUAACAGAAUUGGUCAAUGAAAUCACAGCUGUACUUUAAUAACUGCAUAUAUGGUUCUUUGCUAUAUCGUCUUGAGAGCUACCUAACUUUUUCUUUUUGUCAUUUUCUUUCUUUUUGUUUGUUUGUAUUUUUAUUUUUGUGAUUUCCAGAUUCCUAAAAGUGUGAGGCUGGUCGGGGAAUGGCAGGGCAAGCAGCCUGGGAGAAAGCCACCGUUUUCCUCGAGCGAGAAAUAUAAAAUAGAACAGAACGCUGAUCUUUAAGGAUUCAACCAAUAACAAAACAGUUGAAACUGAAACCGAAACCAAAACAGUUUCCGAAUUCUGUAGCGUUAAACUCAAGCCGUGUGAGAACAAACACAUUUCACAUCACACCUAAACAACAACAAUCACCGAUAAUGUUACCUUUCUACAAUUAAUAUUAUUCUUAUUACUAUUAUGAUUAUUAUAAUUUGCGUCUUUUUAGCCGUGCUUUGCUUCAUGACCCAACUAACUCCGUGCUGUGCGUGGUCUUGACAGCAGCUCUUGGCUUUCUCGCUCCGAAUGCCCCACCCCCAAGUCAACCCCCACCCCAACCCACCCUUCCUGCCCUCCACCCGCAGCCCGAAACAGGCAGGGGGAGGGCGUGGUCAGAGAAAGGCCUAGGACGACCACCCAGAAUGCCAUUUUACCUCAUAUGAUCGAAGCAUUGGAAGAAGCCCGCCACUCCCAUCCUACCAUGUGUGUGUGUGUGUGUGUGUGUGUGUGUGUGUGUGUGUGUGUGUGUGUGUGUGUGUGUGUGUGUGUGUGUGUGUGUGUGUGUGUGUGUGUGUGUGUGUGUGUGUGUGUGUGUGUGUGUUCGGGAGCCUAUCUAUGAGCAAGGCCACGCCCACCUCAUCACCACUCAUUCAAGUCACUCCAAAGUCAGCUCCCCUGAUGUUUUCUUUUGCCGUUUUCAACCGAUCGUGGUUCUAACUUAUCGGACUGGAUCUGACCACGUAUUCCACCUGUUUCCCAACUGCAUGAGUACUCCCCAUGCCCCUCAUUCCCCAUGCCACACUAUGUAUGGCAUGGUUAUCAACACAGGGACAUGAAUGCCACCAUUGGUUGAAAGGACAAUGGAUCCACAUCACUGACCACCUCCACCUUUGAGUCUUCCUCACUGCCUCGCCGCGGGGGUGUUUGUCCGUCUCUCUCUGACCACACCCACUAAUCACCUCCUCUCCCCCAAACCCCAAGAACCCAGCCUCAGGCAGCAGAGCCUGAGCGUGUUGCCCCCUGGGGUGGGGGGGCUGUACUGCAUGCUUGCCCUGUCUCCUCCUCGCUGCUGAAAGACCAGCGGUCCCCCCCUCCCUCCACAGCCUCUGGUCUUUCUGCUAACCCCCCCCCCCCCUCCCAAUGCCUGUCUUGUCUUUUUUUAAUGGAUUAAUGAACCUGUGAUGCCGCCUUUGUUUCGGGGUUCUGUGCCUGUGGUCGUCUUUUUACUGUUUGUUUUUGUAUUUUUACAGUUUUUGUUUUGUUUUGUUCUCUGUCUGUCCGUUAGUGAUCGAACCACAACGUUGUUUGAGAAAUCAUGUCUGUUUGUCUGUUUUUUUUAUUAACGGUUGACUGCAGUGAUUUUUUUUUUUAAUCCAGUCACUGAUCACAUUGCCACACACAGUAUAGAGACCAAGCCCAUAUGAGGGUCUCUGGGUGAUGUGGCGCCUGACAUGUGGUCCACUCUCUUCUGUUAUACUGUAGAUGAACAGUGUUAUGUGUUUGUAUGUGAUAUGUGGAGUGUUGAACCAUGGUUUUAGUUUACAGGUAUCCCUGUGUGGACGCAGGCGUUACAAUCGCCCCCACAUGAGACAAACAAUCCAAAAACAACUAAGCCCCAAUUAAAAAUCAUCAACAGUAUUGAUCACGUCCACAGCCUGGUCUGCUACUGUUUAUUGUAUAUUGUAUAUAAUUAUAUACUGUGAUUAACUCCCUGAUCAUUUCUCUGCGUCUGUGGUGGGAAACAUGAGACAUUAGCAAUGUGUAUGGAGUAUCAUUCUAUCACUGUUUUAUAUUGGAGAAUGCCACUAUCUCUGAUAUCAAUGGAAUGGAGGUAUAAUGUUCAUAAUAUAAAUAUAUAUAAUAAUACUUAGGGGCAUAAAAUAAACAGUUUGUUUUUGUGGAUUUCAAAGAAUAAUGUCCACCAUUUCGCUUUAUAAAGGCACAUACAUUAUCAUUUUUCUUUUAACCUUUUUUGUGUCAAGUCGAAUAAUUGUAUGUCUUUUGGUUUUAUUUUUAUUGCAAGAGUGUGCUUUGAAGCUGGAUGCGUACGUUGAAUCGCUUGGCGGGUCGUCAGUUCUUCUUUAAUAACAGUGAGGCUGAAGUCCCUUAACUGCAUUCCACGCGGCAACAUCAUUAACCCAUUACGAUCAUUGACUGAAGAGCCACUGCUGAAAGGUUAACUCAGUCAACACACGUGCUAGGUUUUAAACAGUAUGAAUUAAACUUAUUGAGUUGUUUAUUGUCAUUCAAGGAUAACAUUGAAGCUCUGCUUGUGGCUAUAAAAGCUCUAAAAUACACACGUUUAUUUGGGUCCCAGUAACCUCACAACUGGAUUUAAUAAGGCAGAGUCGCCGUGCGUUUAAUAGUUAUUAAGUGAUUAACGUCAUUUUAAAAAGUUUUUCAGAAUUGUGGGUCAAGACAGAAGAUUUAUAGCGCCCAAGUACGCAAACACACAAACACACACAUACACACACGCACGCACACACACACACACACUGAGAAAGAGGCGGACAGUGUGUACCUCCUAGACGCCGGAGCGGACUGCCUGUACAGAAGGAAUUUGACACGUUGGAGUCAGAGAGAGAAUAUAUAUGCAUAUAUGAAUAAAAUUUAAACUAAAGAAGAAAAAGGAAAUCUAUUUUAACUAUUGAAGAUCUUACCGUUAUUUCUUUUUUUCUUUCUGUCUCCCUGCUUUUUGCUGUGUAAAGACUGUUUAUUUUCUUUUUUGUAAGGUCUACCGACUGAUGGGAUUUGCACUUGUUGUCUGUAUUCCCUUUGGUAGAAGACGCUUGAGUUCUGGAGCACUGAAAGUUUUGCAUUGUGUUUAUCGUGCCAAUUAAAAUAUACCUGGAAAGCA